AUGGACAGCAAACAAAUUCUUUCAGUUAGUGCUUUCUUUGCCCUUAUUGCCACCGCUGCUGCUGGCAGUUGGAAUGCUGGUGAUACCAUUGCUUUAUUAAUUGGUAUUGCUAUGUUUUUCGUUCUCUUAUUAGCUUUCUUAGGUUGGAUCAGCAGAAGAAACUAA